UGGUUUCACUUUGGCACAAAAGAGGACAGACAGGUUUUGUGCUGGCAGACGGACAAUUUUAUUGCGACGAUCGUUGAAUUCGCACGCAAAUGCUGGCUCGGGCGUCUUCGUUGACCACACAACAAAUCAGACACCACUGACUAGGCCACACCCCUCAAAGGCACGUUUGACUCCAUCGACAUUCCAGGCGAGGCGGAAAACCCGAGCGGAGGCGGAAACCCGAGCGGCCAAACAUGACCGAGCUGUUGCUGACGAGCGCCGACUACGUCCUGAGCUUGUGCUUGGAGGUGUACAAAAUGGUGAAGGUGGCCAAGUCCAACAAGGCCCAGUGCCAGCAGGUGGGCGAGCGCGUGCGCACCUUGGAGAAGAUGGUGCGGCGCAUCAAGCAGCGGCCCGAGAACGCCUCGCCCGAUGUCAAGGACGCCCUGGUGGACCUGGCCGGCAGUCUGAAGGACGCCACCCAGCUCAUGGCCAAAGUAUCCAAAGCCAACGCCUUGGUCGGCUUCCUCGCGUCGAGCAGCAACGAGUCCAAGUUGCAGGAAAUCAGCCAGAAGCUGAACGAGGACGUGCAGCUGCUGUCCAUGGCCCUGCAGAUCUGCUACGGCGACGCCCUCAGGGACGGCCUGAAGGCCAUCGUCGACGAGCACAGGACGGCUAACCGCUUGGAGCCCGUCCUGCGGGCGUCCCGGGCCACCGACGAGAACGGCGCCGAUCCGGUCGACGGCUCGGCCGGGGCCACGGCCCCCGACGCCACCUCGCUUGUCGCCAAGCUCCUUUUGGCUUCGACGAUCAGGGACGAGAGGAAGGUCCCCGUGCCCCCGUCACCUCCCGCCUCGUUCGUUCCAUCCUGGCGGCCCAAGACGACGCCUGCUGCCAAAUUGUCUGCCACCGAGGCGCCCGUGGCCGCGUCACCUGUCCGCAUGAUACCUGUGAGGGCGGCGCCCAAACUCCCAAAGUCACCCAAGACCAAUGCGCCUGUUCCGGCUUCACUCGUGUCUCCGCAGCCCGCCAUGCCCAUGUCACCUCUUCCCAUGAUGUCACCCGUUCCGAGGUCGACCGUGUCCAUGACUCCCAUGCCCAUGUCGCCCAUGUCGCCCAUGUCACCCAUCCCCAUGAUGUCACCCGUCCCCAGGUCGCCAGUCUCCACGUUGCCCUACCCGCUAAUGUCCCCAAGCCCUCCAGUGGUCUUUAAUCCGAUGCCAAUGCUCUACCAGCCCCCCACCAACAUGAUGACCUCCACCGUCAUCAGCUACAACCGCCCCCCCCCUCAGGCCCUGGACCUGGGCCGACUUUUUGCCGCCUUGUCGCCGCAGAGUCACGUGAUCAGUAACAGCAUUAACCGCUUUAACUUCUUUUGACGCCCGCCAUCCGUCAUCUGCCGUGUUACGCUUCUCAAACACACUUUCCCAUCUGUGCAAAUAUUUCCUUGUGCAAUAAAACGCAAGUUGCAAUACAUCAAA